AUGGCUUCUCUACGCAUGGCAACCAUGCUAUGGGUUACCCAGCUUAUUCUGCUCGUGGCCUGGGUCAACGCCAUUCCCACACCACAAACGCUGCAAGCCACCGACCAGGUGGCUGCCGCCGCAGACUCCGACUUCUGGGUGGCUAAUAUCAAGCGCCAGGGGGGCACUGACUAUCAAGUUUACCGGAACGUACGAGAUUUCGGUGCUAAAGGUGAUGGCUCCGCGGACGAUACCGAAGCAAUUAACAAUGCCAUCUCAUCGGGCAAUCGCUGCGGCAAGGGCUGUGACUCCUCAACAGUGACCCCGGCGUUGGUGUACUUCCCUCCUGGGACCUACGUCGUCUCGAAACCCAUCGUUCAGUACUACUAUACGCAGAUGGUGGGCGAUGCCUUGGAUCUUCCGGUGAUCAAGGCCGCUGCGGGUUUCACAGGGAUGGCAGUCAUUGAUGCGGACCCAUACGAAAACGAUGGCUCGAACUGGUACACCAACCAGAACAAUUUUUUCCGGGCGAUUCGCAAUUUUGUUAUUGAUCUGACUGCAAUGCCACAAGGUGCGGGGGCAGGGAUCCACUGGCAGGUCGGCCAGGCCACGAGCCUGCAAAAUAUCCGCUUUGAGAUGAUCAAGGGCGGUGGCGGGGCCAACAAACAGCAGGGUAUCUUCAUGGACAAUGGUUCCGGUGGUUUCAUGUCUGACCUCGUGUUUAAUGGCGGCAACUACGGCGUGUUCCUGGGCAACCAGCAGUUCACCACGCGCAACUUGACCUUUAAUGACUGCAAUACGGCCAUCUUCAUGAACUGGAACUGGGCAUGGACCUUCAAGUCGCUGUCUAUCAAUAACUGCGAAGUCGGUCUCAAUAUGUCUAAUUCCCCUCAGAACCAGACCGUUGGAUCUGUCCUGAUCCUGGACAGCACACUCACCAACACGCCGACGGGUGUUGUUACGGCCUUCACCGAGAACAGUAUUCCGAUCGGUGGUGGUGCCUUGGUCCUGGACAAUGUGGAUUUCAGCGGUUCCCAGGCGGCUGUGGCGAGCAUCGACGGCCGUACUAUCCUUGAGGGAGGGUCUGUGGUGUCAAACUGGGUCCAAGGCAACAGCUAUACUCCUUCCGGCUCUCUCAACAAGCGUGCUGCGCCAGUGGAAGUGGUGACUGAGACCGUUUAUGAGACCGUCACAGCCUGUGAUUCGGGUUACUCUGACUCCGUCUGUGCUCCCUCGACAACGAAUAUGGCCCAAGGCCCCCAAACUACAGCAAAUACGGCUGUGUCGCAGGCUUCUCAGUCCAUAGUCUUCCCGUCCUUCCACGGGACCUUGAGUAUGCCCGGCUUCGAACCUUCUGCCACCAAACCGCCCGGGACUCCAUCAUCGGUAUCCCCGUCCAGUACUCCUGCCCUGUCGGGUACAACCACUAGGACGUCUAUCCCGCUCAUCCACCCGCCAUCUUCGCAUAGGCCCACGCCGGUCAGUUCUCAUGGGCCUGCCCAGUGCUCGAGCAGGGCUGUCACCAAGACCCGUUUACAGACUUCUCUACCCUCUCAAGCGAAGCCUAGUGGUCUGACAGCCGGUGGCAAGAUCUUCGAGCGCUCCAAGCCUCUGUACGAGAACUAUGCGGCAUCCUCGUUUGUGAGCGUCCGGUCUGCAGGUGCUAAGGGAGACGGCUCGACCGACGACACCGCAGCCAUCCAAAAGGUACUUGACAGCGUCAGCGAGGACCAGAUUGUCUACUUCGAUCAUGGUUCAUACAUUAUCACCGACACGAUCAAGGUUCCCAAGAACAUAAAGAUCACGGGUGAAAUCUGGCCCGUACUCAUGGCGCAUGGCGCCAAGUUCGGUGAUGAAGAGAACCCCAUCCCCAUGCUCCAGAUCGGCGAGGCAGGCGACACCGGCUCCGUCGAGAUCACCGAUCUUGCCGUCCAGACCAAGGGGCCUGCUCCCGGUGCUAUCCUGAUGCAAUGGAACGUCGCUGAAGCCACCCAGGGCUCCGUUGGCAUGUGGGAUGUUCACUUCCGCAUUGGGGGUUCCGCUGGCACCGAGCUGCAGAGCGAUAAGUGUGCCAAGACGCCUAAGCAGACCACCACUCCAAACGAGGAGUGCGUUGGUGCCUUCAUGUUGUUGCAUUUAACCGAGAAGGCCAGUGCCUACAUUGAAAACGCCUGGUUCUGGACCGCCGAUCACGAACUGGACCUCCCCGACCACAACCAGAUCAAUGUGUACAACGGCCGGGGUGUCCUGAUCGAGAGUCAGAAGCCCGUGUGGCUGUACGGAACUGCCUCCGAGCAUAAUCAGCUGUACAACUACCAGAUCACCAACGCUCAGAACGUAUUCAUGGGCCUGAUUCAGUCCGAGACGCCGUACUACCAGUCCAACCCCAACGCGCUCACCCCGUUCAAAUCGCAACCGAAGUGGAAGGACCCUGACUUCUCCUCCUGCACCACCGAUUCCUGUCGCAAGGCCUGGGGUCUCCGCAUCAUGAACUCGUCGCAGACCUACGUCUAUGGCGCUGGUUUGUACAGCUUCUUCGAUAACUACGGCCAAAGCUGUCUGGAUACCGAGUCCUGCCAGGAGAACAUGGUUGAGGUGGAUUGCUCGGAUGUUCACCUUUACGGGCUUAGCACAAAGGCCAGUACCAACAUGAUCACCUCGUCGGACGGUAGGGGUCUGGUGCCUCAGAAUGAGAACGAGAGUAACUUUUGCUCCACGAUUGCUCUAUUCGAGCAGUCGUGA